CAGCACCACCGUCAAAAUUUAAUUUAUUGCCACAAAUCACCCACCACAUGGUAGAUAGAACCAAUUGCAAACAUACAAUCACCAAACAUAAGCAGUCAUUUCGAGAAACAAAAUAGUAGAUAGCAUUCGAAUCUGAUAGGUAGAUGACGCUGAAGAGUUUCAGGAAGAAUUUGAAGGGGAUCAACUCCCGAAUAACGGGUGCGCGGAGGAAAAACGAAAGCUCACAGGAAAAUGAAGGACGUGAUAAUGAUAACGACGACGAAAACGACGAGGACGAAAUCUACGAACAGUUUGCGAUGAACAUGAGCACCAGGAGUGUAGAUUACGACAAUUUUUUUGAAAGCGCGAGCAAACCAUGGUCUGUGGACUUGGCGAAAGAGUUGAGCACCCAUACAAAUUCGGUGCGAGACAUGUCCUCGGCGGGACAAAGGACCGUUGAACCCUCUACACGAUCUGUUGGCACGAUACUCACCAGAGCAAUGUACAUGGAAAGCGUUAGAACCAUUGAGGAAGAGGACGGCGAUAGCGACUGCAGCGAUGAUCGACAGAAGCUGGGAAUUCCCACUCGAUAUGCGACUGCUCGCCAAGCUGCUCACAAGACCACGAAAUCGAAAAGGCUGAGCCAAUCGUCCAUGGCGAAGAUUCCAAAAUCCGCCGUGAUGAAUGUCUCUACGACGCUCCUUUCCAGCGAACGCUCAUCUUUGCCCAAUAUUACCAAGUUUGAAGACCUGUGGUCUGCUGGCGAGCCACAGAAGUCGUCGGAUGGAAAGAAUUCUCGCGCGUUACCAGCAAACACCCAUAAAUCACCCACAAAGACCCACAAACCACCCACAAAGACCAAUAAGCAACCUCCAAAAUCUCACACGCCACCCGUGAAGAUGGCAACCAUACCCGAUAGCACCUGUUCCAUCUCCGAAUGCACUUUCCAGUGCGACCCCGUUGCACCCAAAAAGAAAACGACGCACCGGGGACCUUGCAAACAUCGCACAGCUUCUAACAAGUCAAAGAAAACUACUACCUCUCAGAGCGCUAUCAACAAGGGGGAAUCCACAGCCAAAAAAUCCAAGAGUGCCAUCUCGGAUGCUUCGGCAGGUUACUCAGAGGAUUCAGCUGCACGAAAACCACGCACAUCACUUCACACCAGCACUUCGCUUCCCGUUGGAUCAAUAAAAUCACGUCGUUCCGACAAGACAUGCAAAUCGAUGCCAACAACCAUGGACAAGAAAACGCAUAAGUUAGCCCAACAAUUUGAAGACGACCUUCAAAGCUUGUUGAAUCACGUAGGGAAUGCUCACGGCGUAAGUUCGUCAACGCUAUCGGAAUGUGCCAGUCCUCGUAUUGGAAACGGAAGAUCUGUGAAUCCAAAAAUAACGCCAAAAGCAAUUCCCCGAAAGAAAGACGCGGGACCCGAGAAAUCCGGUGUUGACAGAAGCAGGUCGAAAUCUCCAGACGUGCAAACGAGAGCGAGUUCCACAAAGCCAGAGAGGCGAUCGAGAGCGAGUUCUGUGAAACCUGAAAGGCGAUCCAGAAGUAGCUCAAAGAAGCCCGAGAGAAAACCAAGAAGCAGAUCCAAUAGGCCAGUAAGACGGUCUAGAAGUACAUCAAGGGAUACAGAGAGGGCACCCAGAAGCACCUCGAAGAGACCAAAUAAACAACGAAGCAGCUCGAAGAGGCCGGAGAGGAGAUCGAGGAGCACGUCAAGAGAUCCUGAGAGGCAAUCCAGAAGCAGCUCCAAGAAUCCCAACAAAGAACGAAGCAGCUCCAAGAGGCCAGAGAGGAGAUCGAGGAGCACGUCAAGAGAUCCUGAGAGGCAAUCUAGAAGCAGCUCCAAGAAUCCCAACAAAGAACGAAGUAGCUCGAAGAGGCCAGGGAGGAGAUCGAGAAGUACGUCAAGAGAUCCUGAGAGGCAAUCCAGAAGCAGCUCCAAGAAUCCCAACAAACAACGAAGCAGCUCCAAGAGGCCAGAGAGGAGAUCGAGAAGUACGUCAAGAGAUCCUGAGAGGCAAUCCAGAAGCAGCUCCAAGAAUCCCAACAAAGAACGAAGUAGCUCGAAGAGGCCAKAGAGGAGAUCGAGAGGCACCUCAGAGACUCCGAACAAACGAAGAAGUAGGUCGAAGAAUCCAAUUGCAGAAAGAGAGAGCUCCAAGGCUUCAGAAAAACGACGAAGUACUUCUAAGCCUACAGAAAACUUGAACAAAUCCAGUUCCUACUACAAGAAAUCUCCAAGACCGGUCGCAAAGACAACGACUCCGGAAAUUGGCUACGAGGGCGCAUCCUCUCUUUCCAAAUCACUGCACGAGGCAGCGAAAAACGCUGGUAUGGCGAACAAGGGCGGGCUUUCCCAAUCGUUACACACAGCGAAGAAAGUACCGAGAAAGGUCAAAGAAGAAUCUGUUGGACUCUCCCAAUCAUUACACGCAGCGAAGAAAGUGCCGAAAAAGGCCAGCAAUGUGAAGUCUGUUGGACUCUCGCAAUCUUUACAUGAAACGAAGAUGAAAUCUCCACGACCCAAGAAAAAGAGAGUUGCAAAUCUCGAAAAGGUCAACGAGAUAACGCGCGAGGGUAUGCACGAAACGAAAAAGGUGCCGAGAAAAGAUAGGAAGGCGACUACUGAACUUUCCCAGUCAGUGCAUCGGCCAAAGAGUCACGAGGAGCAAUCUCUGCGCUCUAUCGAACAGCAACCAAAGCCGAAAUCGAAAGCAAGUCUUUGGUCCAUAGUGAUUCCCAAAGCUCCCAUGUAUCAACAGAACAUGAAGGCCCGAAAGGAAGAUCCCCCUGGAAUCCCCUCUCCCAAAACGCGCAAAAGCAUGAUCGAUCAGCAACGACAGAAGAAAUCCGUCGUCCGAGACGAUGCCACGGUUGAAACCAAUGUAUCUUCUUCCUCAAAACGGCGGAAACCAAGACGGAAGGACUCUUCCAGUGUUGGCUUCGCCGAUGUAUCAGCCGGGACCAACAAGCCCCCGCGAAGGGGAAAGAGGAAUGCCGUUCCAAACGAUGGAGGGGAAGCUGUUUGGUGCACCGACAACGGUGACGACAACAGCUGCGCCACCAACAGCACCGCUAGCAGCAUCCAAAGCCAGUGCACCAGAGGCACGCUUGUCCCGGCGAAGCAGAAAAGCAACCGAGGGAAGGGUAUUUCUCGCACCAGGAGCGCCGCCGGAAGCGUCAAGAGUACAGGCACCAAAACCACCGCCGCCAGCAGCAGCUGUGAUGCCUUAAGCCCAAGAACGCCGCUGAAGAGGAGCGACAGCUUUUCCAACAGGAGCACUGCAAGCACCAUCUUCAGCACAGGCCGGUCUCUAAACAGGAGUAGGCAAUGGACAAAGGAUCUGCUAAAGCGAAAGCCAUCGCUUGCGACCAGCAAGGCUGCAUACGCCUAUCAUGCCAACCCAUUCGUGGAUGCACAGUAGAUGAUAACAUCCACAAGAAUCUCGAUCCAAACUUUUGCUUUGUAACUGUUCACUGAUGGUGGUGACAGCAAAUGGUAAAGUUAAUGUAC